AUGGAGGAGUUGGCCAGAGAGAGCAUCAGCCUGCUGGCGUCAGCCUCAGCGAAACCCCGGGUGGACCUGGCCGGGUCCCGGCUCGGCUCCCUGGGGGCCAUCUUCAUCAUGCUUAAGUCUGCGCUGGGCGCCGGGUUACUCAACUUCCCGUGGGCCUUUGAAAGAGCUGGGGGCAUCCACAGCGCAAUCACUGUGGAGCUGGGCUCUUUAGUGUUCCUGAUCAGUGGUCUGAUAAUCCUGGGCUACUCGUCGUCCAUCAGUGGCCAGUGCACCUACCAGGCGGUGGUAAAGGAGGUGUGUGGCCCAGCCAUCGGUCAGCUGUGUGAGAUCUGCUUUGUUUUUAACCUUUUUAUGAUUUCCGUGGCCUUCCUUGUCAUCAUGGAUGACCAGCUGGAGAAGUUGUGCGGCUCCCUGUACGAGCUAGUAACUGGUUUGCCAGACUCAGAGAUGCCCCACCACUUCUACACGGAUCAACGCUUUGCCCUGGUUCUUCUGUGUGCCUUCCUCGUUCUACCUAUUUCUACCCCCAAAGAGAUCAGCAUUCAAAAAUAUAUCAGUGUACUAGGGACUCUGGCUGCCACCUACCUGACCGUAGUCAUCAUCAUCAAGUACCACAUGACGCAUUCUGUUCAGGUUCACCUAAACCCACUUUACAGCAGUGGAAUCAGUUCCUGGGCGUCCACUUUCAGCGUCAUCCCAACCAUCUGCUUUGGUUUCCAAUGUCACGAGGCAUCCAUCGCCAUUUACAGCAGCAUGGAGAACCAGCGUCUCUCUCACUGGGCCUUCAUCUCUGUGGUUACGAUGAUUAUCUGCCUCAUCAUUUACUCUCUCACAGGAGUUUAUGGGUACCUGACAUUUGGGAAAGAUGUGAAGGCUGACAUUUUGAUGUCAUACAUGGGCGGUGACAUUCUGAUGCUCAUCGCCAGGCUACUGUUUGGUGUCUCUAUCAUCACCAUCUACCCGAUCAUCCUGUUGUUGGGCAGAUCAGUGAUCCAGGACCCUCUGCUCUGUUGGUGGAGGAGGCGUGGCCGCGUGGUGACGGUGGAGUUUGAAAGUCGCAGUCGGUACAUGCUGACGUUCCUGUGGAUAACUGCAACGCUUCUCCUCGCUGUGUUCGUACCAGACAUUAGUAAAGUCAUCAGUGUCAUCGGUGGAAUCAGUGCAUUUUUCAUCUUUAUUUUCCCAGGACUUUGUCUGAUGUUUGCCAUGCAGUCUGAGCCAGUGUCUUGUAAAACCAGAAUUGUCCUCACAGUUUGGGGAGUGAUCACACUGCUAUGUGGUGCAUUCAUCUUUGGCCAGAGUACCACUAUCGCUGUCAUGCAGCUCCUCGGAAAGAUCUGA